GAGCAAAAAGUGUUUUACUUUAUCAUGGUAUAUUAUGGUAUUUUUCGUCUUGGUCCCUUUUUUUCUUUCACCGUGGAAAAAAAUUAGCAAGCAAAUGUACAGAGAAGAUUGCGAAAGACUUCCCAAUGUUAAACAUUGGCUUGAAAGGUGCAGCUUAAUCGGCAACGCAUACUGCAAAGUUUUUCAGUGCUCUAUCUUGAGCAGGCUGGCCUCCAUAAAGCAGCAUGCAGCCACAAAAAAACACUUCGAAGCUGAAACGGUAUUUAAUGCGAAGUAUAUGCAACACAAUUAAAAUGGAAUGCGAGGGUUUCACGCGAACAAAACGACUGGAAGAGUUUGAUUGUCGGGAUAAACUAAAACUAAUCAAGACAGUCGAAAAAAGGAUACUGAUAUGGGAUAUGAGGCAUAAAAAACAUUUUGAUGCCACUGCGCUGCAAAGCGCUUGGGCCUCUGUUGCCGCUGAGAUGAAUAAAGAUGUAUUUAGUUGCAAAAACGCCUGGAAAUCGUUGAGGGACAGCUACCGGUACCAUAUGAAGUUAGCUAAGAAGGCGCAAGGGCAAGCGAAGAGUGAAGAUGCUGACUGGGACCCUUUGGCUGACUCCAAGUCGAAAAAGGACAAGGAGAGUGUGAAGUGGCGUUUUGCUCCACACAUGGAAUUCUUGCAUCAAUCCACGCUGAACCGGAGCUUGGCCCCAGUUUCUACCGUUUUUGUGGGAAAACUAGUUAAACCGAAGGCUUGUCCUAGUUCGCCAGGUAGGCCGAUGCAACCGACUAUGCCCGCUCUCCAGGCUAGGCCCUCUCCUAAGGCUAAGCCCACUCCUCAGGCUAGGCCCGUUCCCGAGGAUAGGCCCGUUGCCCAGUCUAGGCCCAUAUCCGCAUACUGGGAGUCUGAAUUGAACAAGUUGUCGCCAGAGGAUGCCGAGACAGUGGAGCAGAAAAUGACGAGACUACUGUGGGCCGAGACUCAGGCGUUGAGACUUAACUCCUACCUAAAGGAGGAGGAGGAGGACUUGUACAGUUUAGAAUAAAUCGUAUUAAUUUUAAAUCUCAAUUUCUUCGGACGCCAGCUAGCGAAAAUACGGAAAUUGUCAGUAUUUUAUUUUAAUACUACCAUAUGUAUAAAAUGUGUAGUUACCAUGUAGCCCUGUUCAAGCCUUAUUUUAUAAGAAAUCAAAUAAAAAGUAGUCCUUUAAAUUAUCCAAUCGUGUAGAAAAUUAAUUGAUUUAUAGGAUAAAAUUACAUGUUCAGUGCUGAGGAUCGUGGCUAUAUAGCAAUACGAAAUCGAAUAACAAAAUCGAGGAAAUAUAAUAUGGGUUAAGGUGGAACGAAAAAAAAACUAUUUUGGUUGGUUUUACAACACUCGUUUUUGCCAACACUGAACGACCCAACAAAUUCCACGUCAAGCACCGGAAAAAAAGACGACUUGCAUUUAUUUACGUUAAUUGGAACUAAAUUGAAUAUAAAAUGGUGAGCCUGCU